AUGGACGGAAAAAGGGCAACAUGCUGUUUAAGCCUUUUUUUUGCAGUUACAGUGUUCAUUCAUAUGAAGAGUUAUGGUGCUGUAGUCCAGGCUGGAGAUUCUCUUUCCUUGGGUUCCUCGCUUGCUGGAAAUCAGACAUUAAUUUCAAAGAAUGGCACUUUUGAAUUGGGAUUCUUCAGCCCAAAUGGGAGCAAUAACUGGUACAUUGGUAUCUGGUUUGCCAAUGUACUAGAGAAGACGAUUGUUUGGGUGGCUAACAGGGAGACUCCCGCCAGAAACAAAUCUGGUGUUUUGAAGCUGUCAAGACAAGGUAAACUGAAACUGUUUGAUUCAGAGGGCGCGUCUAUUUGGUCGGUCAACAUAUCCAGCAAGGCAUCCCGGGCUGUUAUUUUAGAUUCUGGUAAUUUCUUAAUGCUGGGCGAUGACAAUAAAGCAGACACUGUGUGGCAGAGUUUCGAUAAUCCCCUAGAUACAUUGCUGUCUGGGAUGAGAUUCGGUGGACAGCAAAAGUUAGUCUCUUGGAAAAAUUCAUUAGAUCCCGCUCCAGGGCUUUUCUCUUAUCACGUGGAUCCAUCAGAGGCCAAACAAAUGGUGCUAACAUGGAACAAUUCUAUACAGUAUUGGGAGAGCGGAUCUUGGGACGGCAAUGUUUUCAAUGACAUUCCAGAAAUGGUAAUGGAAGGCCUUUACAAUAUCAGCAUUGAAAGUACCAGAUCUGCUUUGUAUGUCAGUUAUAAAUUGAUAACUAACAUCAAUGCGCUCUCACGUGUCGUCCUAACGAAAUCCGGAGACUACGGACAAGCUUUAUAUGAUGGCAGCAAGUGGAACAUGUUCUGGUCUGUGCCUAGAGAUGAAUGCGCCAUAUAUGGUCUCUGUGGCGCUUAUGGAACCUGCAACUCCAACCAUCUUCAGUUCUGCAGCUGCGUGGAAAGCUUCACCCCCAAAGACAAUAGGGCCAGGGAUUCGCAAGAGUGGUGGUCCAGUGGCUGUGUUCGCCAGAGACCGUUAAAUUGCAGCACAGACGGAUUCAUCGACUCCAACGCAACGUUGCCCAAUGAUUACCCAUCAUCAUUCCCUGCACCCACCAAAAAGGAUUGCGAGAAAGCCUGCCUCAGCAACUGCUCUUGCACUGCUUAUUCUUUCAAUCCGCUUUCAGAGUCCUGCCAAAUCUGGUCCGGACAUUUGCUAAACAUGCGAAGUUCUCCAUCGAAAAGGAAUUCCAAUGUAUUCAUUCGAGUAGCUGCCUCUGCGCUUCCAAAUUUCGAUCCACCAUCGUCCUCCAGAUUCAAAACCAUCCUGCCUGUAGUGCUUGGCAUUGCUAUUGCUCUCACCAUUACUUUGGGUAUCUUUUCAUUUCUAAUGUGGGGGAGGAGGUAUUGGCUACGACCAGUGGAGAGCUGUGCAGAUUCCUCCAACUCUUUUUUUAGAAUGUUCAGUUACAAGGAGUUGAAGAUCGCAACUGGGAAUUUCAGGUCUAUGUUGGGGAGCGGAGGAUUCGGGUCAGUGUUCAAAGGAUCUUUAGCAGACGGUACGCUUGUGGCCGUAAAGAAAUUGGAAGGUUCAAACCGAGAUGAUAAGCAAUUCCGAGCGGAAAUCAGUUCCCUUGGAAACAUACAACAUGCAAAUUUGAUCAGGCUUCGAGGGUUUUGUGCGGAAGAAUCCAGAAGGUUACUGGUUUAUGAUUACAUGCCCAACAGCUCUUUAAAUUCCUUACUAUUCACUAGUAAUUCCAAAAGUAAAACGAAGGUACUCGACUGGAAGACCCGAUUCCAGAUCGCUUUAGGCACUGCAAGAGCUUUAGUUUACCUCCAUGAGGAAUGUAGAGAUCGCAUCAUUCACGGGGAUAUAAAGCCCGAGAACAUUCUGCUGGACGCUAAUUAUUCACCCAAGGUUGCCGAUUUCGGGAUGGCAAAGCUUGUGAGUAGAGAUUUGAGCCGCAUCCUGACCACAACGAGAGGAACGAGAGGUUAUUUGGCUCCAGAAUGGAUUUCUGGCCUUCCCAUCACUCCAAAAGUUGAUGUAUACAGUUUUGGCAUGACUCUUUUGGAAAUCAUUUCUGGCAGAAGAACUCUGGAUUUAAAAGUGCAAGAUUCAAGUAAGUAUUACUUUCCCACAUGGGCUGCAACCCAAAUUUACAAGGGGAACACAAUUAAUAUUGUGGAGGAGGAUGUUGCAGAGGAGAAAGAUAUUGAAGAGGUGAGAAGAGUAACUGUAGUAGCGUUAUUAUGCAUUGAAAAAGAUGAGGAGGUGAGGCCGAGCAUGGAGCAAGUGGUGUUAAUGCUGGAAGGGAAGAUAGAGCCUCAAGCUCCGUGGAUUUCAAGCUCUGCGCUCAUGGACAAGCAAGCAAACAGAAACGACAGUGAUGGCAAAAGCAAUGGCGAUGUGGAGAAUGCAUCUUAA